CUGAGCCCUGCCGAGCUGCGCGCCCUCGAGGGCACACGCUUCCGCCUGCAGAACCUCACCAACAGCCUUGUGAGCUUUCAACAUGAUCUCUACAUGAACCCUGGAAGCCUGCCUAGCCCACAAUCGCUCCAGACCUCAGCCGGUAUCCUCAAGCACCACACCACCUACCUCCUCGAGAUCCUCUCCAAGCACUCGGCCCUCUUCCAGCGCCUCGCCGUCCACCCAUCCCCCAACUACCCGGGCCGCACCCAGGAGGAUGUGCUCGGCGUGUUCCUCCGCAAGAAGCUCGAGCCCCAGGUGGAGACGCUCGUCGAAGCAGCGCGCGACGAGGCCCUCGCUGCGGGCAUCUCCCCGGACCGCUCCUUCCCGAUCCCCCUGGGAGAUGUGUGGGUCGACUCGAUGGCCUGGUGCCGGGAGCGCCUGAAGAGGUUCGCGCACGAGUUCGAGGAGAGCCUGUACACGGCUGAGGAGCGAGCGAUGGGGAUCGAGAACGUCCGCACGGGGCUGAAGCGCUCGCUCGAGGAAGAGGAGGAGGACGAUAGCGAUGACGAGGAGGAAGAUGAC